GUAACGGCUGUACCGGGUCCGUGCGUGCUGCCUGUUUUACGUUGUUGUGUUCCGCUAGGCCGUGCGUGCGUGCUUUUGACCUGUGUCUCUUUGUCCUGCUUCCCUUCUCUGCGGGUGUCCAGGAUUAAUUUCGUAGUUCCGAUAGCGGAUCCGAAGUGGCCUUUGGUGAAGUGUGUCAAUAGUAGUAGCGGCAGCUUCGCAUUAGUUGGGCAUCCAUUUUCAUUUAAUUUUGCUGACGCCGCCGCUGAAGAGAGAAGCACCGAGUGACGACGCUGGUGACACAAGGCAGAGCAAAACAAGAAGCAUUUUCCAGCCACUGACGCGUGGUACAGCAUUAACGAGAAGCAAAACGAUCCUCGAAAGUGAAAAAACGAAUUAACACCACCUCGGGAGGAAAGCGAUAAUAUGGCAGAAAACGGAGAGAAAGUACCGCCGCAGAAUGAGAGCCAUGCGGCUAAUGCACCAAUCUAUCCGUCACUGGGUGGAGGAGACGCCGAGAAGCCACUGAUUCCUCAGCAGCAGCAACAACAACAACAGCAACCAGCUUAUCCAAUGGUGCCAUCGAAUGCUGGAGUUCCUGGUCCUCCAGCACCACCGGGGUACAUGCCGCUUGCACAGGGCCCAGUCAUCAUGACACAGCCCGGCAUCCCGAUGCAGCCUAUUCUCGGUCAGCAGCAAAACAGUGGCUGGAUGCCUGUGCCGCAGGGAAUUCCCAACUGUCCGCCUGGCUUGGAAUACCUGACAUCCAUUGAUCAGCUGCUGGUGCACCAGAAGGUGGAGCUGCUCGAAGCGUUCACUGGGUUCGAGACGGCCAACAAGUACACCGUCAUGAAUACGCUCGGCCAGAAGGUGUACUGGGCGCUGGAGGAUACGGGCUGCUGCAACCGGAUGUGCUGCGGUACGGCUCGUGCGUUCGACAUUAAGAUCCUGGACAACUUUCAGAACGAGGUGCUGCACUUUAGCCGCGGUCUGCGCUGCAAGUCCUGCUGUUUCCCGUGCUGCUUGCAGAAGCUGGAGGUGUCCGCACCGCCCGGUAACGUGAUCGGAACGGUCGAGCAGCAGUGGACACUGUUCUGCCCGGGAUUCAACAUCAAGGACCGGGAUGGCAAGACCGUGCUCGUCAUCAAGGGCCCCUGCUGUCAGUGUACGCUGUGUGGUGACGUGAAGUUCAGGAUUCUGGCCACCGAUGGUACGGAAGUCGGCAAGGUAACGAAGCAGUGGACCGGGCUGGCUCAGGAGUACUUCACGGAUGCCGACAAUUUUGGCAUCGCCUUCCCGAUGAAUCUGGACGUCAGGGUGAAGGCCACCCUACUCGGUGCUUUGUUUUUAAUUGAUUAUAUGUUCUUCGAGUCGACUGGAAAGAGCAAGCGCUAGUGCGAUGGCAAUUGAUGAGCAUUUUUCUGCUUACCCGUUAGAAGUGCCAAGCGAUCUACUAUCACCAUGAUAACCACAUCACACCUCGUGUCACGAUACAAGUCUUCUAUCUUUUUUAUUUGUUUUUCGUAAAUAUUAUACGCACAUUGUAUGUAAGCUUUAGACGGGAGAGCAUGAGAGGGAGAGCAGACACAGACUACACUUAACGAACCGUCCGAGAAGUCGACCGUCAAAUGACGAGCCGAACUCAUGGCUAUUGCAUUUAUGACUCAGGAACAACGUUUGGUAAAACCGUCGUUUAUAUUUGAAAUAAUCCUCAGGGUCAGGGUAGGUCAUCGCAGGGCCCGGCAACUUUCAUUGCCAUGUAAGCAGGCGGAACUAUGGUAGAGCAUUGCUCUAGCAUCGCAGUUAUCACCGUUAAGUGCCAAGUAGAACUCGUGCACGACCAUGCCACCCCCCAAAAUGAUAUUUUAGCACCGAAAACGAAAUGCUAGCUCCCCGCACUGUGUCUCUCGAAGUUGAGUGUAUUGUGUAAAUUCGAUGAUGCUUGUCUAUUUGUUCCUGUUUCUGGUGAACGCCAUAAUCAAAAUUUGUGCUACAUUUGAUGUACCCUAUACUCGAACUGCUUAAUAAAACAUUAUACUACACCGC